AUGGAUCGACCAAAUCCAUCGGGAGGCUUCCAAGCUUUUCCUCAUUUUGAUGAAAAAUACAAAUGUUGUUGUGGAUCUGUCCAUGUAAAGCAAGGCACAUAUAUGAUUGGCAUUCUGUCUGCAAUUCAGUUGUUUUUCGUUGUUGUGUCUGCCAUCUUCUCGCACGAAUCCGUAGGAAUCGUCGUUGCUGACUAUGGACUGAGUGCUAUAAAGCUGUUCUGUCUCGUCUUCCUGUUUCUCGGAUUGAGAAAAAAUAGAAAAAAAUAUAUUAUACCAUUCGCCGUACACGAGACUUGUUGUGUAAUUGUUUACAUUGUUGGUGUUGGAUUAUGUCUUUGGGCGGCUGUUGAGCCCCAAAGUCGGGUAGCUGGGUACAUGAAGUCGUUUAUUGACCCACAAGAUCGUUUAACCGAUUCAACUGCUGAAGAUUCUAAUCUUGAUUUACCAAUUCGUUUGAUGGCGACCAUGCUCAUAACAGCUUUGAUACUCUCGAUCUUGAUAUCAUUGUGGCUCUUGAAAGUGAUUUAUAAAUGCUAUGCUUAUCUCGCCGAUUUGGAUGAUUACCAUAAGCAGAUUGAUGGAAGGUUCCAUUCAAGUUGUGCUUGA